AUGUUCCCCAAAGGUGUUCUACGCCGUCUGAACGUCGUGAAUGGAAUGCGGACGUUGAGUCAAAGUCAGAAGUCGGACUACAUCAAGGCGGUCAAGUGCCUGCAGUUUUUGCCAUCGAAAGGGAACAUCACGGAGGCCAAAACUCGUUUCGAUGAUUUUCAAGCUACCCAUAUUACACUCGCAGACGAGGUCCACCUAGUGGGACAAUUUCUACCAUGGCAUCGACUCUUGCUCCACAUCUAUGAGACAGCCCUUCACGACGAGUGUGGGUAUCGUGGUACUUCCCCCUACUGGGACUGGACAUUAGACGUCGGGAAAGGACUGGAAUCAUUUGCUGGGUCUCCGAUUUUUGAUCCCAUUUAUGGCUUCGGUGGCAAUGGCGAAGACAUCCCUGGGUAUAAUGGUCAAUUUCACAACCUAUCGGAAAUCCCAGGUUGGACGCCCGGAACAGGUGGCGGAUGUGUCAAGGACGGGCCUUUCGCUCACUACAACCUCUCACUUGGACCGGGAACUUCAGUCACUAAUCACUGUAUUCAACGUGCAUUUACACCAGCAUUCUUUUCUGCUAUAACUCCCGCCCAAGUGGCGAUCACGCUCAAGAAGCCGAAUUUUGAGCUAUUCCGGAUAGAGCUCGAAGGCACACCUGUAACCUCUGCGGUAAAGAUUCAUGACGGAGGUCAUUUUGCAGUGAAUGGGGAAAUGAGCAACAGAUACUCUAGUCCUGGAGAUCCCUUAUUUUAUCUCCACCAUGCGUCUCUCGAUCGUGUUUGGUGGAAAUGGCAGCAAGCAGACCUGGAUGUACGGCUGUACCAGAUCUCUGGAAGAUCUUCUGUCGAUCCACCGUUUCAAAACGUUACUCUUGACUUUCAGCUGAAGUCAGAAGGCCUUUCACCAUUGGUUCCACUUCGAAAAGUCAUGGACACAAGGAAUGAGUAUUUGUGUUAUGAGUAUGUUUGA